CGGACCCAAUUAGUCACAAUGGUUCACAAGGUGCUGUUCUGGAGCGGGCUCGGCAUUGCUGCGCGAGUAUGGCAGCUCGGCAUUGAAAUGCGCCCGCUCUUCAACAAAGAAUCACUCUGGGUCUACCCCAUCUAUGCCGGCAUUGGCGGCAGCUUCGGCUACUGGCUCAUGGGCGUUGAGCAGCGACAAUUCCGGUUCCUGGCCGACCGACGAGACUCACUACUCGAGAAGCGAGCACGGAGGAAGGAACGCGAGGAGGCUGCUGCUGGGGCCUCAUAGGGAGCCAUACCCAGGGAGGGACACGAGUGCGACGGGCACGUGAAGGACAUACAAUCAAUUCUUCUGGGCUUCGGACGGCCCAUCAUCACAAUUGCACUGGAGCUGGAACCCGCUAUACUCUCCAUGCGACGCGCUGGGUAGGAGCAAAGACAACAAUGGCGGGGAUGAUAGGGACGAACGAGGCAUCGCUGAUGGCACUCUUUGAUUUCAACGAGCUGAGGGCUCACAAUGUACAAACUCCUCGAUCUAAAACAUCCUACAAAUAUAAAACACUCGUCUAUGC